GAAAAGUUUCCGCAAGUUCGUCACUUCCGCUCCUCGGGCCGUCCAAUAGUACCAAAGACCCGGCGACCCCGGAAUUUACGUGAGCUCCGAGUGGCCUCUUUCCGGUUCCGGAGCGGAGGAUCCCUGGUGGAAACAUGAAGCUGCUCACCCACAAUCUACUGAGCUCACAUGUGCGGGGGGUGGGGCCUCGUGGCUUCCCCCUGCGCCUCCAGGCCACCGAAGUCCGAAUCAAUCCCGUGGAGUUCAACCCAGACUUCGUGGCGCGGAUGAUACCCAAGGUGGAGUGGGCGGCGCUUCUGGAGGCGGCUGACACCUUGCACCUGGUGGAGGUGCCAAAAGAGCCUACUGAGGGCUACGUGAACGACGAGACAUUUCUGAGAAAGAUGCAUCACGUGUUGCUGGAGGUGGACGUGCUGGAGGGCACCCUGCAAUGCCCGGAGUCAGGACGUGUGUUCCCCAUCAGCCGCGGGAUCCCCAACAUGCUGCUGAAUGAUGAGGAAACCGAGACUUAACCGUGUCCAGCACCAGUUUUACGUUUGUGACCGUGUGUAUUUUUGUUAACAUAUUCUUUUUGUUAGUUCUACAGUGUGUAGUCCCAGCCCUUGACCCAAUGAUACACUGACCACAGUGGUUUUGAGCUCCAUAGUAUAUCUUUUUUUUUUUUUCUCAUUAAAGGUUCAAAACCAAAA